AUGACUCGGCCGACCGAGAACCGGGAAGACCCGUCACUAUGGCCGCCUGGAACGCUGGCUCUGGAAGACUUGCAAUCCGCCUCCAAAAACGUCAUUCUACACCCAACUCCGUCCUCGGAUCCAAAUGAUCCACUGAAUUGGACACCUUGGCGAAAAACCGUCAACUUUACCCUAGUCUGUUUCUAUGUCUUCUUGACCUUCGUCCAGCUGGAUGUUGGCUUCACCUCGUGGGAUCAGUACCAAGCUGAGCUCGGCUUCUCUGUCGAUUUCCUCAAUGCAGCCGCCGCCAGCAACUAUGCUGGCCUCGCCGUGGGCUGCGUGUUCCUGGUUCCCUUGGUGCACAAAUAUGGCCGCCGUCCCAUGUACAUCUUCAGCACUGUACUGCAGUUGCUGUCCUGCGUGUGGCUUGGCGCGACACGCACGCGUGGCGACAUGAUUGGCAGCAACCUCCUCUCUGGCAUCAGUGGUGCCAUCAGCGAGACCAUUGUGCAAAUCACCAUUGCAGAUCUGUUUUUCGUUCAUAAUCACGGAGCCAUGAAUGGUUGGUACCUGUUUGCCACCUUCACGGGUGCCUAUCUUGGGCCCGUGGCGUCCGGGUAUAUUGUGAACAGCCAAGGUUGGCGUUGGGUCUGGUGGUGGUGUGUAAUAUUGUUUGCUGUGAACCUGGUCUUGAUCAUCUUCUUUUUCGACGAGUCCAAGUACAUCAGCAUCAUUCAAGGCCAACCCGAUACUCGCUCCACUCCAGCUACAGGUGGCAACAAGCCAGGAAACGUUCAGGUCGUCGGCGACCAACUUGGUAAAACCGAGUCUGGCUUAAAAACAAUAGACUCCACAGCCAAGCAGAUGGAGCCUGUCAAUGUGCACAUCGACCCAAACAUCCCCCUCAAGACUCGCUGUCAGCGUCUUGCAUUGGUCACAAAGACUGACGGAUCAAUUGCCAAGGACUUCUACCAUCCACUGGUGCUCCUUUUUAGCUUUCCCGCCAUUGGUUUCAUCGCUUUAACAUAUGGUAGCCUACUGGCCUGGUUCGCCGUCACGACGUCUGUACAGGCGACAUAUUUGUUCGGCCCACCGUACAACUUCACUGCCGCAGGCGUGGGUUUGAUGAACCUUGCCCCGUUCAUCGGUACCAUUCCCGCCAUUUGGAUUGGUGGGUACUUGAACGACAAGUCAAUCGUGUGGCUCGCGAGGCGAAAUGGAGGGGUAUAUGAGCCGGAAAUGCGUCUAUGGAUGUCACUACCUAUAGCUUUUGUGACACCCGCUGGCAUUCUCAUGUUCGGGCUGGGGCUUUACUAUCAAGCACCUUGGCCGCUAUUGGCCGUUGGUUUCGGCGUUUUCGGCUUCGGUCUUGUGGUCGCUGGUGACAUUGGGCUCUCCUACGCAAUGGAUUGCUACCAUGAUGUUAUUGGAAAUGCUUUGGUCGGUGUCGUAUUCACGCGGAACGCCAUGUCGGUGGUUGUUCUCUUCGCUCUCACACCGUGGAUCGACGCUAUGGGAUUGCGCAAUCUCCAUAUCAUGAUAUCUCUGCUCUGUUGUCUCCUUCUGUUGAUGCCCGUGGCGCUGCUUAAAUGGGGAAAGAAGGCUAGAAUCGCAACGGCGGCGCGGUACAGAGAGAUGGCCCACCGACAGCCAACGCAUCGUAAUAGUUGA